AAAUUGAUACAAGUGAUAGUUGCUACGAAAUACCUAAAAGUAACGGUAUAUUUAAGUGGGCCCCGGCCUGCCGAGUCUAGCGCCGCUCGGCAACGAACAUAAACAUUUGCGGCUUGGAUUUGUGAACUUGGAUUUGUGAAUGCGUUUGAUAGGCACCCUGCAGUUAAUCACCAACCACAAAAAUUGUCGCAACGCAAUAGAAUUAAUUAGUUUCUCAGCACUUACCAGCCGGAACAAAAACAUAUUACCGAAUUGAAAAGUCCAAUAACCGAAGAUGGCAUCUGCAUUUGAAUCGUCCUUGUCGUCAAGCCUAAGCGGCCGGCAAACGAUGUCGGCGACGGCCCCCUCCAUGGCAGACUCCCUUCCCAGCAUCAACUUUGGCUUCGACGAGCUGCGCGACCGCAUGGCCAAGUUCAGCGCGAAAUUCGACGCCUUCAUCGAGCAGGGGCGAAAGCGCGUCCUCGAAGAGCGCAAUCAGUUCCGAAUGAACGUUGCCGAAUUGCAAGAGGACCAGCGCAUGAAGAAGAAGGACAUGGAAAUCCUCCAGCACAAGACCAACACGCACCAGCAGAUGAUAUCGAAAGAAGCCGCCGAGACGCGGGAGAUGCAAGCAGCAAUCGCCUCGCUAACCGAGCAGCGGGACCGAAACAAAAGGUCGCGGGACGCGCUGCAGCAGCAGAUCGCCGAGACGCAGAAAGAAAUCGAAGCGCGGCUGGCGGCGCAGCGGGCGCACGCGCAGUACAUCGAGUCGCAGUCGCGGUUCAACGUGCCGGAGCUGGACUUCUGGAUGCAGAACCUGUGUCUGAAGAUCGAGGGGGCGGGACAGACGGACCGCCUGCGCUUCGUGUAUACGCACGUCGACGAGAAGGACUGGGACCGCGAGGCUUGGUUCGAGCUUAGCACCUCGUCUCGCGACUACGACGUCCGCCACUGCAGGCCGAAGCUCGAGCGCGAGAAGGUCGAUCGUGUGCUCGAGAGGGUUAAUGAGACGAGGGAUUUGGCGGUGCUAUUAAAGGGCAUGAGGGAGCUGUUUGUUGAGGCUAUGAAGUCUUAAGGCGAUUGCUUUUUACGUAUGAUUUUGUGGUGGCGUCUGGAGUCGGGUAUUGGUCUAGUUGCUAUGGGAUAUUGAUGUGUUUGGGUAUAUUAUGACUAGUUACCUACAUAGGCAUAAAGAGAAUGCCUUACUCCCUUUAAUUAGAAGAGAAGUAGUUUAUGAAUAAUGCCUAAUGAACGAACGUAUGCCUUUCGAAA